UCGGUCGUAUUUCCAUCGUUGUCGUUUUCUCCAUAAUUGCGUUAUUUUUUCGCAAUUCGAGAGAUUGUGUACACUAGUGUAAAGUGUACAGAGUGACAAUUCAAUGGAUUGUUUAUUGUGAAUGAGUAAAAUCGUGCACAUACAAGCAAAGCAUAAUAGAGAUUUUUAUAUGAAAAAUAUUUGUAGACGAAAAUUGUUCGGCGUUUCCCACACAAGUACCCUACAGUAGCAGUCGCAACCGCAAAUUUCGUCCCCUCAAGCGUCUCGCGUAGCACUUCGUGCAUUUGCCAGUACAUAGCGUUAUUUCACUCUCUCGUGUACGUUUGAAUGAUAUGACUUAAACAACUAUUCACAUUUUCAGUGUCACAAACUUUAUAGUGCACUCAUUCCGACGCGCAGUCACAGUAGUAGGUUUGUGAUUUUCUCUUUUCUUGGGCUCUGCUUAGUAUAAGAGUGUGCCUGAACGUAAGAAAUACAUAGACAUAACGAACAAACAAUUCGGUGUGUGAAUUGGUCAUCUGUUUAUUUGUUUUCAUUUUCAUAAACAGUAACGUGAAUAGAACAGUGAAUCCUAUCGUAAAGGAAUCGUCAUUCAUAAUUGGUGUGAGCGAGUUGGACUGUGUAAAGAAAUUUCAUUUGCGGUACAUUGUGACCAAUGGAACAAUAUAUUUGAAUAUAAAACCAGAGACGUUACUCAGAUAUGAGUAUUAAAAAAGACUUGCAAAACUUUAAGUAAUUGAAAGAAUUCUCAACAACUAUUGGUAUAAACUGAAAAAGAAAAUGAAUGAUUUCAUUAACAAAUUGAUGAGCAAAACAAACCAAGAAACGCAAAGAAAACGGUUAACAAGCAAUUAAUGUAAAAAAACGGAAAGCAGUAGUUAUAGUAUAAUAAAAAAAAGGAAUUGUAUAAAACCUCACCUCACGAAAGCAUUGCGUACAAGGAACUUCAAAGAAGUUGAUGUACAAGAAAAAACUUGCGAAAAGCACUUAAGAACGUGUAUAAGGAAAUAAGCUGUGGAGCACUACUUAACUCCCGGCUCAGGUAACACCUUCAAUAAGGUUAUAUAGAAAAGACAACUACAAUGAAAACGUCAUACCUCUAUUAAAAACAAAAUUAUAAAUAUUAAACUAAUCAAAGGCUACGUACAUAUGUAUUUAAAAGACUAAAAUUAUAAAAGGUUAGUAAAACAAAAGAGGCGGAAAGUGUGAGAGCUACAUAGAGGCGAUCCGACGACGUAAAGUGCUACCCACCCACCAUUAGUUGUUAGCAUUAGUAAAGCAAGACAAAUAUCAGCUAUUUAAAAAGAUAUUAGCAAAGAAAGGCAAUAAAAAUAAUAUAUGUUAUCCAUCAUUCAUACUUAUCACUAUGCCAGUACUACCUAAAGGGGCAGCUAAGCAAAAAACUUUGAAUACAAGUUUAAUUUUUACAUUCAGUUUCUUUUUCAAAACUUAACUGCUUAAAAAAAUAAAACAAUUAAACUAAACUCAGUAAAAAAAAUCUGCAGACUCAAAAAAGAAAACUUGAAAUCGUUUUGAUUGCGCCAUUAAAGUAAAAACUUGUAGAAUUUUGUGAUUUAAUACAACAAAUUUAAAAAAAAAAAAAAAACAUAAUAUAUAAUAAAGUCGCAACACAAUAGCAUUCCUAUCGAUUGAAGAAAAUCUACUUAUGAAGAAAAAUUAGAACGGAGAGAACGUGAGGUAGUCAUAAAAUAUAUACAUAACUUAUGUUGCCGACUCUGAAAUAGUGUGUUAAAUUGUUGAGAAUUUACCCGACGAUACUUAAUGCACAAUUCGACGGAAGAACUGAAUUUGAUUUGAAUGUCGUCGGUGAUUAGACUCUAUUGCAGUAGGAAGGAUUCACAGGCACCAUGCAAAGCUUGGAUUCAUCAUGUCAAGAAGCCGACUUUAUAAUAAAUGAUACGCUUAAAAAGCUUAAAGGCUCCAGCACAAGCAUUAAUAGCAAUAGUAAUUCGGCAAACGCAGCUUUGUCGUCGUUAAACUCGAGCGGCAGUGGCAGCGGCGGCAGCAGCAUACUGAGGCAUCAACAUCCGCAUCAACAACUUAUCUAUCAACAUCAGCACCCGCCUAUUACUCAACAACAAACCAAGCAACAGCCACAAUACUCACACUAUCAACAUUUACAGACUGCACUACAGUGCCCGACACCACCUCAACAACCACAACAAUUAUCUACACCGCCGCCGCCCCCAACACCACUGAGUAGCGUAACUUUUUCUACGAAAAGUUCAUUGCUUGACUCCAGCCUGCUACAUUGUAACAUCACACAGAUUCCCAGCCAACCGCCAUAUUGUAUAUUCGAUGAUGGCACUGAAUCGCCAAGUGAAGUUCCGCCAGCUGAAAUACUCGCAACAAGCAGUAGUAGCAGUAGUGUUGGUGGUGGCAUCAGCAAUACAGGUGGUUUGGAUGGUAUUCCAUUGCUUGCCGAAUCAGCGACGGCAACAAAAACGCACGGAUCUGGCACAUCUGCAGCGCCAUCACCAUCAUCAUGCUCAUCAUCUACAAAUCUUUCCAAUUUUAAUUCAAUCACUUCACCAUCGCCGGUAGUGCCCGAUUUAUUGCUGUCAACACCACCAGGCGUAAAUUCUUCAUCAUCACUCGGCAAUGAUACAGCUGCUAAUAUCGGUUAUGGUAGCCUGGGAACAAGUGCAUUUUUAACAUCUUUAACGCAGUCAUCACAAUUCUCCGCAUCAACAGCAACGCAUCAAAGCAACAAUAAUAAUAUUACAAUAACCAGUAAUACCAAUAAUAACAAAAAGGCUGAUAAACGUCCUUCCGCAUCCUUAAGUACUCAACAACAACAACAGCACAGUAAUCAUUCACAUCAUCACCAGCACCAUUACCAACAAUCAUCUGCGCAUCAUCAUCAUCAUCCACCACAACAUUUACUAAGUGCAUCUUCGCCAUUGGCCAACGCGGUUACAUCGUCAUCAUCACCCACCUCUUCGCCAAGUAAAAGGCAAAAAAUCUCAAAAGAUGCAGCAAACCGGUCGUCACCAUCAACUUCAUCGGCCCGUUUGUCGACCAUCAAACGUGACAGUAGUGCAUCUGGGAUAGGUGGAAGCACAACAACAACAACAUCUUCUGGUGGAAAUAGUGCAACAUCGUCAUCGGGGUCAAAUAAAUUUUUUAACAUCCAUGAUAAGAUUCGUGAAACUUAUCUACAAUUGUUAGCGAAUGAUUUAAAUUCAUUUUCAGAAACUGGGCUCAAACAGCGUUCACGUGCUUUCGUUCUCGAACGUUUGGUGGAAAGUGAGAAAUUAAAUACAAUCGUUGUUAACCUAUACCCGGGUAAUAAAGGAUACUCAUUAGCGUUACACUACGAUGAUCGGCAGUUGUUGACGUCCAAUGGUGAACUAUUGCAUGGGAAUGAUGGUUCCGGCAUAGGGUCGGGCAUAAGCGGUACUGAGAGCUUACUAGUUGGCAUGAGCAGCAGCUCUUCAGCUACCACCACUUAUAGAGGUGCUUCUAGUCGCAACACAGCCAGCAGUGGUGGUAGUAGUAGUAGUAGUAAAAUGAGUUUAGCCUCGAUGCUACCAGAUUUCAAAGGCGGUAAUGAACUCGAAAAUACUUCUGAAUUAAAACUUAGAGCUACAGGUAGACAACAGGCUGAUGAUAAUAGCCUACAACAGCAUGAAUACGCUUUGAUGGAGGUGUUGCGUUGGCCCUACGAGAACGAUCAGUUACUGCAGUGUAUAGAUCGCGAAAUAAUACCGGACUUCUUAAUAGACAUGCUGAAUGCGCCUAGCCUGACAUUGAAUGCUUCUCAUGACGACAGCGAGCCAGCACGUACCUACGCCAAACCGAAUGUUUUUUACGCCGGCUGUGUGAUUGCGCAAAUACGCGAUUUUCGACAAACAUUCGCUAUUUCGACGAAUAUCUGUGAUACGAAACACGUCCUGCUACGACCCACAAACGCCACCAUCUUUUCAGAUGUACAGCAUUUAGCAAGCACAACGAAUUUGAGUGUAAUUCCAACGAUACCCUCGUCCUUGGGCGCGGCGUUAUGUGGGGCAGAGGAUAAAUUACAAUUGGAAAGUCAGUUAGUUUUGGCUACCGCCGAACCAUUAUGUCUAGAUCCUGAUCCAAAUAUUGGUCGUUUUGCCAUUAAUGCUCAGAAUGCCCGGCAACUCUUCAACACACACGAGAUGCGGCGCCAAAUGAAAAAGUACACACAAAUUUCAAUAAAUCGUAAACGGAAAUUGGAUCAGUUUACACAUCAUUAUGGGCUGGAAUUAUGUGACUAUUUAACACGUUUACGAGCUAGACCACGUACGAGUAGCAAUGCAAAUACAAAUGCUGCAGGAACGACUACCGCGCCCAGCAGUAAUCCAUUAGUGAGUGCAAUGCUCACCUCAUUCUCGUCGAAAGUGCCACGUCGACCGCGUGACGUCAUACGACCUAUACGGCCGCCGCGUCUAGAGUAUCCGGCGAAUCUUAAGGUGCCCGAGCAACUAAUUGGUGUGGAGAAAUAUGCCAAGACAUAUGAGCGGCCACGCGAAACCACUGACUGCCAGCCACAGCUGAUCGAAGAAUAUGUGUUGGAGACUGAACGUGAGGAAAAUGCUGGGAGACGUGUGAUAUAUCACAUAAAACUUUCCAUUUUCCAACGACCCUCAAAUUCUGAGUACCUGGGUGAGCUAUAUGUUGAUCGUGAUUAUCGUGAGGGUGAGCGUAACGGUGAGUCGUGUCGGUUUUCAUUGGGCACACGCAUACAUGCAAAUCGCUACAUACAGCAAUUCACCGAAAUUUUCACCGAAGAAGGACGAAAGGCAGUUAAAAUUACGCAUUUGAUGCCCGGACAUUUGCCGAAGGUUACACAUACGGGUAUAACGCCGGAACAGCGACAAGCGUUGUUGUUGCAGCAGCGGCAAGUGGUGUUAGCACAACAACAGCAGCAGCAGCAGCAACAACAACAGCAGCAGCAGCAUGCACAACAUGCUGCAACUGCGACGGCAGUAAAUGCACCACAUAUAACAGUCGCAACAGCUGCAAGCGGUGGUCAACAGCCGCAGCAACAGCAACACGUUGUUCUUGUCGGACCGAAUGGUCAACAACAACACAUAUUACCCGCCACGGUACAACAUAUAAGUGCCGUCGGUUUGCAGCAGCAAGUCGCACAGUCUGUUUGUGCUGUUCAACAGCAGCAGCAACAACAACAACAACAGCAACAGCAGAUUGCUAUAACCCCAGCCGGUAGUAAUUUGCCUAAGAACAUUAACAUUGUUGGUUUAACUGCCAGUAAUGCGGCCGCCGUACAGCAAGUACUGCGUCAACAACAUUUGCAGCAACAACAACAGCAACAGCAGCACCAACAACAACAACAACAAAUUACAACACAAUUUAUAGACGCAAAUGGUGCGACGAUGCAUGUGCAAACGAGCAGCGGUGGUGGCGGUACAGGUAUCGUACAUACGCAGCAGCAGCAACAACAACAACAGCAGCAGCAGCAAACAACACAACACAUCCAACUGCAUGCGGUCGGUGGUGGCGCUGGUGGUGGUGUUGGCAAUACCCAUACAACACAGCUUAGCCUUAGCAAUGGCUCAUUGGUAUUGGUGCAACAACAUCCUAUCACACAGUCACAACAACAACAACAGCAGCAAACACUGCAACAUGCCGGCAUCACCAUACAGCCCGCUAAUGUGCAGCAGCAGCAGCAACAACAACAAAAGACUCAGGUUAUAACAGCGGCUCAAUUGAGUGCCGUUGGCGCAAAUUCGGCUUUGCGCACACAACUCAGUUCCAGCGUGCCAAUAUUGCAAGCGCAGCUUAAAGCCGCGCCAUUACUCACAGCACAGCAGCAGCAGCAACUUUUGCAUAAAACUGCACAGCAACAACAGCAACAGAGUACUGCCAGUAGCAACAACAGUAGCAAUUCGACUACUACAUUACACACUAAUCCCGAGAUAAAUGCAAUUUUCACCAAUAUUAUGAAUAGUGCAAACCAAUUCCAACAACAAAAGCAACAACAACAACAGCAGCAGCAACAAUUGCAGCAAAAUUCCAAUAACAGCGUCGGCGGUAGCAAUAGCAAUGUGAAAAAUAGUAGCAAUGCUUCCAUACGCAGCUUAUUGAAUAGUGCACCGGCCGCCAUGACGAGUACGCCCGUUGCCAGCGGUACAUUUACCACAUCUACCGGUCAACAUCAGACCGUCACGCUGGUACAACAUACACCUUCGACGUCUCAACAACAACAAACGAUUGUUAGUGGUGAUAGUUUUGUUCAGGUAACGACACAACCAACCACAACGACCGUGCAUCAACGUAAACCGACCAACAACGAGGUAUUGCAGAAUCUCCUGACCACAAAUCGUAAAUUUAAUAUCGUCACCAGCGGUGGCAAUAUUGUGACUGCCAGUAGUGGUGGCACAACUUUCCGCACUGCCGCCGGCAAUUUGGUUGCAGUCAAUUUGAAUCAAGCCGCACAGCAUCAAAAUCAAACAGACGGCCAGUCGUCGGUGCAACAACAAACGACCGGCACGCAAGCGCAACAGACACAUCAGACGGUGCGUGUUUCGAUGUCUGCGCUCGCCUCUCAAUUAGCCUCACCGCCAGCAAUCAUGACAAAUCCGAAUACGGCAAAUUUUGGUUACACCGUAAAUACGCUUGGAGCUAGUGGUACAGUGAAUGCGGUAAGCAGUUCAUCGGGUGGUAGCAUAAAAAUACUCAAUAGCGGCGUCCAGCAAUCACGCAUGGCGCUGGCGAAUGCUUUACGACGGGAUUCGAGCAAUUCUGGACCGCCGCCAAAUGCCAUAGUUGUGGGUGUGGCGGCGCCAUCACCAGGCAGCGAUUCUAAUGCCUCAAAUGCCAGUGGCUUUGCUGUGCCACAGCCAACAAGCGCUACCAACUCAGUUGGUACGGCGACCAGUUUAACACUGUUGGGUGCGGCAACACCAUCACCAUCCGGUUCUGAUCAUUCACAAUCGUCACAAACGCAAAAUCAAGCAUUGCUUGAACGCCUCCAUAGUAGUACUGCAGCUGUUGCGACGGCGAUACCAAAUAUGUCACCACAACAACAACAGCAAACACACGCUCAUACACAAUAUUUGGCGAAAACUUUAGUACAAUCGCCAUCUGCUGCCACAUCCAUACACUCACCCAUGUCUAGUCCACAUCCACAGCCAUCGCCAUCGCCGCAUCAUCAUCAACAGCAGCAGCAGCAACAACAACAACAGCAACAAUCAACUGCCUCCAACACCACCACCACAACAUUAAAUUUACAAGGUAUUAAUCUGUUACAAGGCGCCAUAGCUAAUUUUCCUGGUCUGCAAAAUGUACAAGUGCAGAUACCGGGCUUGGCGCAACCACUCUCAUUGCAAUUGCCAUCCGCUGUGCAGCAGCAGCAACAACAACAUCAACAACAAACACAAACGAAUACAGCCACUGUGUCGUGUGUAGUUAGCGGUGGUGGUGGUGGUGGUGGUGUUGGCGGUGUUAGCGGUGGCUCUACUUCAUCAGUUAACAGUAUUGUUACUGGUGGUAUUGGUGGUCAACAGCAACAUCUGCAACAACGCAGCUUAUUGGUAUCAGUUCCUGUCUCAACACACAGCCAACAGCAUCAACAAACGAGCCAACAACCGCAUACAAUAACACUACAGGCAACAACCGGUACACAGCAAACGCAAAAUCAUGUACAACAUGGUGUUCCGCCUACCGGUACCAUUGUGAAUCUACCAAGUGGCGGUACGGCGACAACUGCCGGCACUCAAACUGUGGUGCUCACGAAUACAGCUACCGGUGGCGGGGGUGGCGGUGUUGGUAAUGUUGGAAGCUCAGCGGGUAGUGGCGGUACAACAACGAUGUUAACAUUGCCAAUUGCUCAGCUUGUUGGUCCCGGUGUACAAAAACUCAAUCCUCAAACAAUCCGUACCUCAAGUGGUGGUGGUGGUGUUGCAGGUGGCAGCAUUGUUCUUCAACAACAGCAGCAACAGCAGCAACAACAACAGCAGCAGCAGCAGCAGGGGCAUCAAACGCAACAACAAACUACAACGACAAUAAAUGUGAGUGGGGUUGCUGCUGGUAGCGGUGGCACUGGCGGUGGUGGCGGCGGCGGCGGCGGCAUCAAUACUGGCCAACAGACGGCAAUUCAAUUGGUCGGCACAAUACAGCAGCGGCCGCGCAAUAUAGUUGUCGGUACAAAGCAAUUGAGCGGCGCACAACGGCAAUUGAUAGCAACACAACGGAAUAUUGGUGGAUCCACAUUGAAGAUUGCCACAACGCCAAUUAAUGCAUCGAAUGCUAAUACCAUUACAACAACAACAAAUCUAACUGCCACGCCCAUUGUGAUGUCCACACAAAAAUUACAACUGAAAACGAUUAAAACGUCACAACAACAACAACAGCAGCAACAACAUGCUCGCAUAUUAAAUCAAGUGACUGCAACGGCUGCAUCACAAACGCAUCCACAACAACAACAGCAGCAAACGAUUAUCAUAGGACAGCAUGUGGCCACAGCGCAAGUACCACAGCAAACACAACAACAACAGCAGCACAUACAAGUCGGAGGACGCACUGUGACCACCACAAGUAAUGCCAAUCUGAAUCAACAACUCAUUUCGGCAAUUGCGAAGGCAGCCAAACAGCAGCAACAACAACAACAGCAGCAGCAACAAGCGGCAAAUCGACGUAGAUCAGCAACGGAUGUAAAUAAAUGAAUAAAUGAGGAAUAAAUGGAAAUGGUUGGAAGUAAAACGGAAAACCGCAAACACAACAACAACAAUAGCAACAGCAACAACAACAUUUGCCAAAUUGGUAACAGCGAUAGUUAGACAGUUGAGUUGAUUGUUGGAGGAAAUGUCUCACGUGCGCGCUCGCGUUUGUGUGCGUGUUCAAAAAAAAAAAGGUGUGCGUGUGUGUAUGUGUGUAUUUGGGUGUGCAAAGAGUAUGUGGGGAAAAAGUUAUAUAAGCAACAAAGAAGAGAAAAACAGCAGAUAUUAAACGAAACAAAAGAUACAAAAAACAUGAUUCUAUAAAACAACAAAAAUAUUAUUAAAACAAAAUACAUACAUAUAUUUAAAAUUAUAUUGCAAAUGCAAAUAAAAUACGAAAAUCUAAGCUAAGGUAUUAUUAUACAUACUACAUACAUAUAUACUUUGCCCUAAAAUAAUGUAUGAGUAAAUUCAUCUACUCCUAAACUACACAAACAAACAAACAAACAAACAUACAUACAUACAUCCAUACAAACAUGCAUAAAACCAAGUCAAAACUAUAUAAUAUAUUUGUCAAAAUCUGUACCGUUAUUGUGCUCAUCACGAUCAACACAUUUCAGACUGUUAAAGCAGCAAGCAUAAGGAAAACAAAACAAGAAAAAGACACAUUUCAAUUGACUAUUUCUCUAAUUACAUAAUUCUAGGGUUGAGGGUUUAAAGUUGUGCUUUGUGCCGAUAUACAUACAUUGUUACAUAUAUUAUAUGUAUUUAUAAGAAGAUUGGUAAUUGUAAAUAAAAUUAAUAUAUGUAAAAUCGGGCGAAUAUUCAAAAAAAAAAAAAACAAAAGAAAUUAAUAGUUUUUCAAAAAUAAUCACAUUAUGUACUCUUUAAUUAAUUCGAAAAGAAAUUUUUAUGAAUUUUAUUGCAUAAAGUCUUCUAUGUACAUAUGUACAUACAUACAUACUCGUACAUAAAAAAAUGUAUUUGGCGUAGACAAUUUUAAUGAUGCUGGAAAAUUCAAAGCGUCCAAUCAAUUGAAUUGAAAAUAAGUUUAUCAAAAU